CAGUGAGUAACCCGGCCGCAAAGGAGAGAACAAAGAAGCUAGCCGGCCACUUAGGAUCUAAGACCAUGAAGCUGUCUUCUUUGCCCUCGCUCCCGCGCACCAUGGCGUUCCUGGCCAUCAUAUGCUUCUGCUGCUCCCUGAUGCCAAGCUCUGCCAGCGACGACGUUGGAGAGGAGACUAUGGAGGGGCGACGGCUAGGGUUCCGCAUACCAAUGAUGUCUCCUCCGGUGCUCGUGGGUAACAAGCAGGUCCAUAUGAGGCCUCCUACAGUCGAUGUUCGUCGGCAGCCUGGAAAGGGGGGAGGGCCAAGAGAUGUCCAUGGAGGAUUGGGGACUAUGCCGCAGCAGGGGGUAUACGGCGCCCUUGCACAUCAGGUGAUGGCAGCGCAUCCAUCACGACCUUGAUCCGGCAGCUCCCUCAUGCACGCUUAAGCCCGUUGCCGUUUAUAGCAAAAUAAGAAGUACAUUUUGCGUGAGACAUGUUCACGACUUGGACCGGGUUUUAUGUUACUGCGUUUAGCGUUGAAGUUACUCCUGUGGUAGCUACGUGGGAUGGCACGAAAUCUAGCGGUCAUGGGGGUAUUUUAGGGUUCGGGGAGCGAGUGGUGUUGGGAUGGCAUGGCCAUGAAGCUUGGUCCAAUGCUUGAGUUUAUCUCAAGCAGAAUUUCUGUAACCGAAUGGCUCAUUUUGAGACCAAAUAAAUA